AAAUACGCCGUUUGAAUUAAUUUUUUAUGUGUGUAUUAUAGUUUUAUUUACAUUUUUUUAUGUUGAAUAUUUAAAAGAUUACAACAUAAAAUUAACUAAGUACACAAAAAAAAGAUAACAAUACAAUAUACGUGCAAUAUCAGUAAGCAUGCCAGUUUUUAACAAGCUUCUUGUAUUAAAGUUAAAUGUAGAGACCUUUUUUGAAAUAAAUAUUCAGAAUGGUAGUUCCAAGUAUUAAAAAGAUAUUCCAGUUAUGGACUCUGCAGUAAGAAAAAGAAAAUUGAACAAAAAAGUCUCUUUAGACCAACCCAUGAUGACUGAGACUGAUCAAGCUGAAGAUGAGCCCAAUGACACCUGUAGACUCUUAGGAACUGAUUUAAUAAAUGGCAGCAAGGAUGAGGUUCAAGUGGAAGUAGUUAUGUUAAACCAUGAACCUCUGUGGGCAACAGCAAUCCAAAUGUUUAUACCAUUUAUUUUGGCUGGUUUUGGGAUGGUAGCAGCAAGCUUACUUUUGGACAAAGUUCAACAUUGGCCGGUGUAUCAAAACAUUUCAGAAGUAUACAUUCUUGUGCCUGCUCUAUUAGGCCUUAAAGGCAAUUUGGAAAUGACUUUAGCAUCAAGAUUAUCUACCCAUGCUAAUUUAGGACAUUUAGAUGGACAUAAGCAGAAACUAAGUUUAAUUAUAGGUAAUAUGGCCCUUAUAUUAUGUCAAGCCAUUGUAGUUGGAUUUCUUGCAUCUGUUGCUGCUGUGGUGUUUGGUUGGAUUCCUCGUGGAGAACUAAAUAUUCAGCAUGCUAUGCUCCUUUGCGCUAGCAGCAUAGUAACUGCAUUUGGUGCCAGUUUUGUUUUAGGAGUGGUCAUGAUAGGUGUAAUAAUUUUUUCAAGAUAUUUUAAUAUCAAUCCUGAUAACGUCGCUACACCGAUUGCUGCAAGUCUUGGAGAUUUAAUAACAUUGGCUGUUUUAUCGUAUUUUGCUUCCUUGUUUUAUCAAAAUCUGAGCAGCCAUCCAUGGUUAUGUCCAAUAUUGAUUAUAUUAGGGUUAUCUUUCGUUCCUUUAUGGGCAUAUGUUGCUAGUCAAAAUAAGUAUACUCGUGAAGUUUUAUUUAGUGGAUGGAGUCCUGUUGUUACAGCUAUGAUUAUCAGUAGUACCGGAGGCCUGAUUUUAGAUUUUACCGUCUCUCAGUACAAAGGUGUGGCCGUCUUUCAGUUAGUUAUAAAUGGUGUGGGUGGUAAUCUAGUUGCUGUCCAAGCAAGUAGAAUAUCGACUGAAUUACACAGUAGGGGCAGUCCGGGAGAAUUACCAAAAGGUAUGGAGAUAUGUAUUAGCCCUUGUGCAGCUUUCUGUGAUAAUAAGAAAACUAGCCAUACAGGAACAGCGAAAAUGUUGAUGCUUAUGGUAAUUCCAGGACAUUUAAUCUUUUCUUACACAGUUAGUUACUUACAAGCAGGCCAUACAUCAAUCACCUUUAUCUUUCUUGUGGUGUACUUAAGCGCAGCAUUGAUUCAGGUAUUCCUGCUGUUAUAUACUGCACAAGUUUUAACACUUUGUAUGUGGAAAUCUGGAGUGGAUCCUGACAAUUCUGCUAUUCCGUAUUUAACAGCUUUUGGAGAUUUACUAGGUACCCUACUUUUAGGAAUUGCCUUUCAGAUUUUGUUUCUUAUUGGUGAUAAAGAUAGUGACGUUGGUGAGUGAGUAAUUUCGUAUUCUAUUUUGAUCAAGCUUGCAGGGUCAGUAUUUUUAUUGUGGGUUAACAAGCGGUUAUAAAAUAUAUCCAGGACUGUUAUCAAAAUUUAGGUUAAUUUAGAAAACAAGGACUUAAAUAGAUUUAAUCAAAUCUGUAUGUUAUGUUAAUAUGUAUUAUGCCAAAGUUGCCAUUUAUUUAAGUUUGUGUAUAUUAUUUCAAAUAUAUUUUGACUAUUGAAUAA